UGGCAGCGCCCAUAUCUACAUCGAGCUCCAGUCCUCUUGCGGAAGAGUAAAGAGCAUACAAAACAGAGUGUCCUAACCACACUCUGAAAAAUAAUGGCGACAUUUCGCACUUUAUCAAUGUUAAAACAAAUGUCAACCACUUGGUGCAGAAGGAAACAUGCUUUCGUAUGUUCCAGUUACUCAACAAGGCCACCUAAAUCUGAAGAUAAACCAGUCGACAGUGCAUCGAAAGAUAAAAGAUCUAAGUUAUUUGUCAAAGCAAAGCCUAAAAAAGUUCUCGAAAUCCAUUCAAUUAUUAAACCUUCGUCUGUUGUCUCAAAAUACAGAGAAUGUGAAGAAACGGGUGGAGGAGAGUUGGACAAAGAUGCUGUCAAAAUGGUUCUUGAAGAAUUUUCUCGUAGUUCAGAGAUCAGAACUUUGUGUAGAGAAAAUGAUAUUAGUCCUGACCUUUUCCGUACAACUUUUCAGUCAUUCAGCACCAUGUGUUUAGAGGACAAGCUGCGUUUUGAUAUCCACUUAUUGUUGAACAUUUUGACUAUUGACAAAGGAGAUGUCGGCAUGCUUUUUCCGUACUACCUAGGAUAUUCACAGGAAAUGUUCCCACACCUUAAGUCUAUGAACAUGUUGAAAGGUCUCACAGACCUCACCUCUCCAGCACAAUGGUAUGUAGAGACCAGAGCGAAGACCCGUAAAAUUGUUAUGCAUGUUGGUCCAACCAACAGUGGAAAAACCUACCAUGCCAUGAAAAGAUUUUUAAAAGCUGAGUCUGCUACAUAUUGUUGUCCACUUCGCUUACUGGCCAUGGAAAUAUGCAACAGUUCUAAUGAUCAGGGUGUCCCAUGUGACCUGAAGACAGGUGAGCUUGUAACAUUUGCUGACGAGAACAACCAACCUGGAAAUCACGUGGCAUGUACUGUAGAAAUGACUAACCUGAAAGACAACUAUGAUGUAGCUGUGAUUGACGAGAUCCAGAUGAUACAGAAUUUGGAUCGAGGCUGGGCGUGGACUCAAGCCUUCCUUGGUUUGAAGGCCGAUGAAAUCCAUGUCUGUGGUGAAGAAGCUGCAGUUCCUUUGAUAAAAAACUUGGCCGUUUUGACGGGGGAUACUGUAGAGGUUAACGAAUAUACCAGAUUGAACCCAUUGAUGUACCUGAGUACAGCUUUAGAGAAAUAUGAAAAUGUCAUGCCAGGAGACUGCAUCAUUUGUUUUAGCAAAGAAGUAAUAUUUGAUGUAUCAGCUGAACUAAACAAAAGAGGAGUCCUGACUGCCAUUAUCUAUGGCAACCUUCCUCCAGCAACAAAGAUUGCCCAAGCCAAACAAUUUAAUGACCCCCUUGACCCAUGUAAGGUGCUGGUGGCAACUGAUGCAGUCGGACUUGGUUUGAAUCUGAAUAUCAGGAGGAUUGUAUUCCACUCAUUAUCAAAAGGCAACAGAAGAUGGGGACGGAUCAAUAGCUCUUUAGUGCGGCAUAUUGCAGGACGUGCAGGCAGAUUUGGACACAUUUAUCCCAAAGGAUAUGUGACAACCUUCAAAAAAUCUGAUCUUUAUUCAUUGCACGAAUUAAAGAAUGAAAAGGUCAUACCUAUACAGUCUGCUGGACUGCAGCCCACACCGGAACAAAUGGAAUUGUUUUCCAAUCACCUCCCUGAUGCUUCCCUCAAAAAUCUGCUGAUAAUGUUUGAACAUAUGGCUAAACAUGACAAAGAAAACUUUUUCAUGUGUGAGCUGAAUCAGAUGAAGAAAUUAGCAGAAUUGAUUGACAACAUUGGACUACCAACGAAAGACAAGUUCCAGUAUUCUCAUGUACCCGUUGACACAGACAGUGAAGUGCAGUGUGAUUUUUUUGUUCAGUGUGCCACGAAACACUUCUAUGAAGAGCCCAUCAGUAUAAGCUGGCUAACCUCUCACCUAGGCUGGCCACUGGAGAUGCCAACAACAGUUGCUGAUCUAAAAGACAUGGAGACAAUCUUCAACUGCCUUGAUGUGUAUUUAUGGUUGAGCAAGUGUUACCCCAACAUCUACCAAGAUGAAGAAAGGGUUCGUGAGAUCCAGAAAGAGCUAGAGAUUUGGAUAGAAGAUGGAUUAAAAGCUUGUUUGUUCGAAAAACUGAAUCUAGCUCAGAAAAGGAAACUUGAAAUGCAAACUCUCAAGAGAAAAAUAUCAUCUGAUAAUCCUGAAAAACAGGAACUCGAAAAGCCAGCAGCCAGGUCAGAUAGUGCUAAGUCACCAAAGAGAGAUGAAAAACCGAACGACAAGAAUAAUGAUAUGUUAGACCUAAUCAAAUUUUUGAAGAAAGGAGGAAUGUCAGAAAAACGCUUCAAAACUCUAAGCAAGCAACUUCAAUUUGAUCCUAAUUUUAUUAGCUCACAGCCACUCAUUGGUAAACAUCCCAUGAAAACUCGCCCAGAUAAAAUGAAGGUCUUAAAAUAUUUGGAAAAGAUGGAGAAAGAUAAAUACCAGAAAUGAGAAUAUAGGUACAUAGGAGGAAAAUUGUAUAUGCUACAUACAUGAAUGUACCUUAUACAUACCCAUGAAUUGUUUUCAGAGUUAUCUCUGUUCUCUAACUCAGAGGACCCUUCUAUUCAUACUACAAAAUGGGGUUUCAGCUAACAUUUAUUAGCUCACCUGGUCCGAAGGACCAUAGUUAGCUUAUGCCGUGGCGCAGCAUCCGUCGUCAA